UGGCAGGAGUCGUAUGUGCAGUCUCCUCUGCUCAAGGCGGAGUUUCGCAAGGCGCGCGACGUGGCGUUGGAGAAUGGGCUGGAUCUCGAGCAGAUGCACUUGGACCAGGAUUGGGAGUUUUUCGUCGAAAGUGGGGUCAAGAAGGGCAUUGCGAGGCGGUUCAUUGAGGAUAUCGGCGAAUGGGCUAGGUUGUUUGAG